AUUAUUAGUAGUAGUAAAAAAAAAAAACCUUGAAAAUUUCUUAAUCUCUUUCCAUUCCUUUCCAACGUAUAUAAAGUCUUCUUAGCAUCUUAAAUCUUUGUUUCAAAAAGAAGAGAGGUAAGCUCUAAGCUCUAAGCUUGUAAAGUUGAAGGUUCCUUACUGAAGGAAAGAACUCUGGGUAAAAUGGGUCGUGGAGUCAGUGCUGGUGGUGGACAGAGUUCUUUAGGCUACCUAUUUGGAACUGGAGAGAGUGGAAGUAAUGCCCAGGGUACUGCAAACCGUGGGCAAGCUGCAGAAAAUGAGCCUUAUCAGAAGCCUGCUUCAUCUUCUCCACCAAUUGAUAAGCAGAUUCCAGCAGGCAUUCAUGGAAAUCUUACUAACAAUUACUUCAGGGCAGAUGGGCAGAAUUGCGGUAACUUUAUCACGGACCGACCAUCAACCAAGGUUCAUGCUGCCCCAGGUGGUGGAUCUUCUCUGGGUUACCUCUUUGGUGGUGGCGGGGGCAACUAAUUCCUGGCCACUCAGAUGGAUCAGCUGUUAACUGUUUGGCAUAUAUGAUUGAUAGCUCAGAAAAUUAGUAUUUAUGUGUUGCGUUGGUGGGGAGUUUGUUGUUGGACAUAAGUCAUGAAGCUUUUUCAUCAAAAGCUGUUGCUUGAUGAAUUAUUUAAUUCAUAUAUUUUGUAUGAUUACAUGUUUGAUGACUCAAUGGUUGCUGCUGUCAUUCCUUUA